UUUCCGCCGCCGCUGCUGCCCGAGCUUCUCCCUCCCUCCCGCCGCCGCGGGCCGCGACACUGCAGUUCCCCCCCCGGGCGCGGCUCCCGCCGGGCCGGGCCGGGCCGAUCCCGACCCCCCUCCCCUUAUCCCGGGAGGCUCCUCCGCAGCCGGGGCGCGGGGGCGGCUCCCGCGCCCUUGCCGCGCGAUGUCCAGCGAGGAGAGCUACCUGGCCAUCCUGCGGUACCUGACGAACGAGCGGGAGCCGUACGCGCCGGGCACGGAGGGCAACGCCAAGCGGAAGAUCCGCAAGGCCGCCGCCUGCUACGUGGUGCGCGGGGGCACCCUGUACUACCAGCGGCGGCAGCGCGACCAGCAGCGCUUCGCCGAGCUGGAGGUGGUGCUGCAGGCCGAGCGCCGCGCCCGCCUCAUCCGCGCCGCGCACCUGGCGCCCGACGGCGCGCACCGCACCCGGCUGCAGACCUGGCAGGGGCUCUCGCAGAAGUACUGGUGGAGAGGUAUUCUUAAGCAGGUUAAAGAUUACAUUAAAGAAUGCAGCAAGUGCCAGGAAAAGCUAGACCGCUCUAGAUCUCUCUCAGAUCCUUCUGAAAUGCUGGAGGAGUUAGGACUGGAUGCAAAAUCUCAUGAAGACAGUAAUGAAACAGAUGAUGAAUUGAGUAACACAGCAUCAAUCCCAGCAGCAUCUCCAAAGCCUGUGAAGAAGAAACCAAUAGCAAAGCACGAGCUUGUGUUUGUUGACAGUAAGGGCCUUGUGAAGCAGUCAUCUUCCAAACAUUGUCUGUCAGUCUUAAACCAACUGAAUCAGCAGAGGCUUUCCAAUCAGUUCUGUGAUGUGACUUUGCUGAUUGAAGGAGAGGAGUACAAAGCUCACAAAUCUGUCUUGGCAGCCAACAGCGAGUACUUCCGAGAGCUCUUCAUUGAAAAGGGAGCUGUCACUAGUCAUGAAGCUGUAGUGGAUCUGUCAGGUUUCUGCAAGUCCAGUUUCCUGCCUUUACUGGAAUUUGCUUAUACUUCAGAAUUAACAUUUGACUUCUGUAGCAUGGCAGAAGUGGCCAUGCUCGCCCGGCAUCUCUUCAUGUCAGAGGUCCUUGAAAUCUGUGAGAAUGUGCACAAACAGAUGGAAGAGAAACAAAUUACAGUGUACCAAAAGGGAGAUAUUCAAACAGUAGAGUCAACACAAAAUCUAGCAGAGCAGGCUGAAGUGCAGGUGCAGCCUGUGGAUGGUGUUGAGCAACCUAAACUCAUAGCCAGUGAAGUGCCAGUAGCUGUGAAUGGAGCUCCUUCCUCUGCUGGGACAGAGGAGGCAGCAGCACCCCAGCCUGACCUCCUGCACCCAGAGCCUCCAGAGGCCACUGCAGGUGAUCCUUCCAAGCCUGUGGAACGGUGUGAAACAACUGAAAAUUACAUCAAGAUCCAGCUGGUGGAGAGCAUUUCAAACAGCCUCUACAACAGACUCAGCACCGAGCCAUCGGCUGUGGAAGCCAUGGACACAGAGAGCCAAAGGGAAACUGAGACAGUUCAAAAUCAGAGUGAUAAAGCACAGGUGGACUCUGCUUCUGAAGACUCCUCAGAGACACUCAAGCAAAAAAGUGACGAGCAGAGUAGCUCCAUUUCCCAGCCAGAGAGCCUUGCUUCCGGCCAGGAUGAUACUUACAAAAGCAAGCUUCGCCAGCGUUCUGUCACUGAGGGGGGAUACAUCAGGCUGCAUAAAGGAAUUGAAAAAAAACUGCAGAACAGAAAGACAAAUCCUAAAUCUGCAGUGCAGCAGGUUGCCAUGAAGCUGGUACAAAGAGGAAAAAAAAUGAAACAGCCCAAAAGAGAGACCACGGAAAAUAACGAAGUGGAAGCACAGCACAAAUGCACUGACUGUGGAAUGGUGUUCCAGCGGCGCUAUGCACUUAUAAUGCACACACUGAAACACGAAAGAUCUAAAGAAUAUAAAUGCCCACUGUGUAAGAAGGAAUUCCAGUACGGCGCCUCCCUGCGGGCACACCUGGUGCGGCACACGCGGAAGACGGAAGCCAGCGCUGCAGCCGGGGGUGCCGAGGGGACCGGCGUGACCUCGGUGAAAGGGAGGACCAAACGGGAAUUCGUGUGUGACAUCUGUGGGAGAACUCUGCCCAAGCUCUAUUCCCUCAGAAUACAUAUGCUUAAACAUACAGGUGUCAAACCCCAUGCAUGCAAGGUUUGUGGAAAGACCUUUACGUAUAAGCAUGGAUUGAAAAUGCACUUAGCUCUCCAUGAAGUACAGAAACAGUUCAAGUGUGACUUGUGUGAAAAGUCGUUUGUCACAAAAAGAAGUCUUCAGGAGCACAUGAGCAUUCAUACAGGAGAAUCCAAAUAUCUUUGCUCCAUCUGCGGAAAAUCUUUCCACAGGGCAUCAGGACUCAGUAAACACAUAAAGAAACAUCAGCCAAAGCCUGAAGUUCGUGGAUAUCAGUGUACUCAGUGUGACAAGAGUUUCUAUGAAGCUCGGGACCUUCGGCAGCAUAUGAAUAAACAUUUAGGUGUGAAACCAUUUCAGUGUCAGUUCUGUGGAAAAUGUUACAGCUGGAAGAAAGACUGGUAUUCUCAUGUAAAGUCUCAUUCUGUCACAGACCCUUAUAGGUGUAAUGUAUGUGGAAAAGAAUUUUAUGAGAAAGCUUUGUACAGAAGACAUGUAAAGAAAGCCACACAUGGUAAAAAAGGAAGAGCAAAACAAAAUCUGGAACGAGUUUGCGAGCACUGUGGAAGAAAAUUCACACAGCUCCGGGAAUAUAGGAGACACAUGAACAAUCAUGAAGGUGUGAAGCCCUUCGAGUGCCUGACGUGCGGCGUGGCGUGGGCGGACGCGCGCUCCCUGAAGCGCCACGUGCGCACGCACACGGGCGAGCGGCCCUACGUGUGCCCCGUGUGCAACGAGGCCUACAUCGACGCGCGCACCCUGCGCAAGCACAUGACCAAGCUCCACAGGGACUACAUCCCCUGCAAAAUCAUGCUGGAAAAAGACACCCUGCAGUUUCACAACCAGGGGACGCAGGUGGAACACGCCGUCAGCAUUUUAGCCUCAGACAUACAGGAGCAAGAAACCGAGAUCAGCUUUGGCGCUGGCGAGGGCGAGACUGUGGUGGUGACAGGAGAGACGCUGGAAGCCAUCGAAGCGGUUGCAGCUACUGAGGAGUGCACGUCAGUCUCCACCCUUUCUGACCAAAGCAUCAUGCAGGUGGUAAAUUAUGUACUGGCACAACAGCAAGGACAGAAAAUGGCUGAAGUGACGCAGGCCAUUGAAACUGUCGAAGUAGAAGUGGCCCAUGUAACAACAACAGAGUCGAUUUAGUGUAUGAGAGAGCAAGAAGGGUGAGGUUGUGUAUCUGUGAGAGCCAAGUGUAAAAUGGGCUAUCUGAGGCUUUCAGUGAUGCCUGUUUUCAAAUGGUCUUGUAUUGUAUUGAAAGGAGGAGCCCUGCUAAUUCCCAAGUAGGACACAUGACAGUAUCAGGGUAGGGAAAUAUGAAAAUCUUAGGAUGGGGUAAAAAUUAAAUGGUCUCAAAAUCCUCAGUACUGAAUGUUGUGAUGACAGAAUACUGUACCAUGCAUUAGAUGGAAAAAGUACCAAUAUUCCAGUGUGGGCCAAGGCUUUGAAAGCUAAGAUUUCUAUACUGGCUGUAACUUUAAACAAAACAAAAAGGUUAAAAUUAUGUUUUUGUGUCAUGAAGUAUCAUACUGUAACUUUGAAAAAUGAAAAAGAAAAACAUACAAAAAGGCUGCACUAAAAACUAGAAAUGCACAGCUAUUGGUAGUUUUUUUGUUUGUUUUGAUGUGCAUUUCAUCAAGUUUGUGAGCAAAUUUCCUGUAUUGAAUGCUGUCUGUUUACUCUCAAGACAAGGGAGGUGGUAGAAUGCUUUGUGUAGGCUUGUGCUUCAUGUGGCAUACAGAAAAACUGAAGCUUUUUUCUCUGGGCAAAUGCACCAUUGGUAGGUAGUGAAUCCCAGUUCUGAAGAACUUACUUAAAUUCCAGGCAUGUGGGUGGCUGGUCCAAGGUUCAGCAAAAUGCUGUAAAAUGUUUUAUAGAUAAUGGGCAAGUAGAUGGUUGUGAUCUGGUUCUCCAAGAUGGUUGUGAAUUGAAGUUGACCAGAGGACAGCCCACCCCAGGGAGGCUACUUAGAGAAGUAAACUCCUUUGCUUUGUGAGGGAGGAGUUUGCACUGCAGCCUCUGUGCACAGCCACAUUUAGCUCCAUGUUUGUUUGGAAGCUAUUGCCAGCACUGAUGUGUGAACCCAACGCAGGCAGCCUCAUGAGGGAUGCUUCUGUUUUUGCUUUACAUUUGAUGAAGAAACUGUCAAAGGAAAAAGGUCUAAUGGCACAGUUUUUCAGGAACUAAGGAAGUCCAGGUGGUUAUGGACUGAUGUUGUCUUGUAUUGUAUUGAAAGGAGGAGCCCUGCUAAUUCCCAAGUAGGACACAUGACAGUAUCAGGGUAGGGAAAUAUGAAAAUCUUAGGAUGGGGUAAAAAUUAAAUGGUCUCAAAAUUACCAGAAUCUCUAGAAGACCUUAUUACUGCUGCUUUAAGAGAAAUACUUCUAGGACCAGUUGAUACCUGGUAAAUCCUUACUGGGUGUUCCUGCAAGUAAGUGUCAGUGACAGCUGGGCUUGGCCCAGGUUUCUGUGUCCCUGGUUCGAUAAAACGAACAGGGCACACCUUAAUCUGUACAAGUGUAGGUUCCUUUGUCGCUGCGUGGCUUUUUUAAGCAAGCAGCACGUCUGCCAAGGAAGCUGAAAGUCCUUUGCAUGUGAGCAUUCAGAGCUGUAGUCUUUAAAUUCUUCUCAGUCUGUAGUGGUAUCACAUUUCCUAACCUGGACAGCAGUAAGAUACCUGAGCAGCCAUAAACUUGUAAUAUUGCAGGGUAAAUUUCAUAAAUAAAGUGACGUGCAUAUAAUUCUGCUACCUGUGAAACAGAUCCGCUGAACAAAAUUUCAGCAAACCCUGUGGCAAAGUAACCACCUCAUUUGAAUUAGUAUUUCUACUUUUCAUCUUAUUUAACUAUGUGGAUAUCUGUCUACUAAGCUACAGAAUGGACUGUUCUUUUUAUACUUUGCAAUUCUGUAGAUAAGCAGUUGUUGAAAAUUUUUUAUGUUUGAGUCUUGGAUCCAAAUUAAUUUGUAGAUGCCUAUUUCAAAAAUUUCAGAGAAAUAAUGUAGUUAUUUAUAUAUCCUGCACCCCUUUACAAUUGUAUUAUUUUCUAAUUACCAAAUGGAGUAAAACUAAAAUGAAUAUUAAAAAAAAAUUACUGCUAGCUGUAACUUGAAUUUUUGUAUGGUAAAGAAUCUGGAGAUAGCCAUCCUGCUUAAAAUUAAAAUACUGCCAUUAUGAUGGAAAAAUAUUUAAAAGCACUAGAUAAACUUGAAAACUUAUUUCAAUAUUUGUAUCCUAAAAAUAAUUAUGUAUUGCUAAAGUGAAGAAGUGUUCAAGGAAAAAUAGCUGUAAAUAGUGCUAGAACAUUAUUUGUAUAUUUAGUGUGUUACCUUGCAAAAAAGAAUAUUACCAGCACCUUAGUUUAAUCUUUGGUGCAUUUAUUUAUUUGCCCAACCUAUGGAAGAAGCAAAAGUCAAUCUGAGUUUUGGAGCUUUCUUAUCCACUGUCAAAAUACUUUUACUGACUCAAUGAUCUGCUGUUUUAAAACAACCACCAACCAAACUAGUAACAGAAGGUUGUUUUCUAAGCGAGAAUCAGCCAGGAAUGUCAAAGCUGAAUGUUGUGGCACCCCUUUCUUAACAUGCUGUGCCUUACCUUUUCAGAACGGUGUGAGGUAAGUAAGGAGUGUCACUCUUGGCUUUGCGGUUCCCAUCUGUGUGGGGUUGCCUUAUGUUUUUCUUUGGACUUCAGCACUUAAGACAUUCACUACCCUACUGCAAAAGUCAGACUGCAAAUAUGCAGUUGGUAUUUGAUUUUUUUUUUAAAUAAAGUUAAUGAGAAGUGUCUAUUCAUUAAGUAUUCCAAGUGAAUUCCUGUACAUAAUGAAUCAGAUUUGUACAUUCUGCUGUUUUUAUUUAGUGUUAAAUGUAUAAAGUUAUGGUUAUUUCUGUCAUCAAAUAAACUGAGCUCUGCCAU